AUGUUGUCGGUCACGUCGCAGACGGUGAUAGCUGAGCGCACCUCCUACUCGUCUAUCGACGGCAGCGUUCUAUCAGACGGCAUCACGCGCAAGGAUGAGCUGACUGGCGAUGGAUCGCACGGCCUUUUCCAGACCUGGCUGGGAGAAGUCGUCGACCCCGAACCCUCUGCCAAUUCCAUACCCAGGACUGUCAGUAUGACGUGGACCGACCCAUGCGACACUGAGAGUUUCCUCCUGAAGCUCGUGUCACGAAACGCAGACGGCAGCACCUCUAUCUUCACAUCCGUACCCUGCUCCGCCGGAUCCAGCAACGAAAUUUGCAUGGUGGAGCUCGAAAUGUUUUUUCACGACGAAAGUGAGACUGAGGACACCACAAAAUCCUCUUCGUCAAGUUCCAGUUCGAAGGACCAGGGCUCUCGGAUGCUGAAGGAACGACGUGUGUCGACGACCUACACGGAGGAGGGGUCGCUUCGGUCGCAAGGCAUGUCAAGCGACCGCAGACUGCAGGGCACCACAGUGAUCGACGUCCUGAUCGUCUAUUCCCCGGAGGCCGCCUACGCACGGGGUAUCGCUGAGGCGCAGCUGUUGACCAGGAUUGUCGAGGGCAUGGUUACCUUAAACCAGGCCAUCACAAACUCAGGAAUCGCGGGUUUAGAGUAUCGUCUCGUCCAAGUGGCUGAGUUGCCGUACAGCCAGAUGGCGUACAUCCCUAGCGACGACAUCGACCUCAAGCCGGAGCUUGAUGCGUUGGCUGCGAACAGCAACGUGACUGAUCUACGCAACCAAUACCAAGGGGACCUGGUGCAGCUGGUCGGAUACUUCCCGGGAACGUGUGGACUAGGGUAUAUUUUCAACGGUGACGCCGCGUUCGGCUUCUCCCUCGUGGACUCAAACUGCUUCGACAAUUUCUCGCACACCCACGAGAUAGCUCACAACAUGGGGUGCUACCACGACAAAAACAACUCCGACACGCAGCACGCCUACCGCCAUGGGUGGCGGUACUGCGAGGGCGCCGAUCCCUACCGCACCAUCAUGUCGUACUACCACAACGGUUGCGGCGGAGACCCGACGAGUGAGGACGACCCCAUCGUGCCACGGGUAAACUACUUCUCCAAUCCGAACGUGACCUACCUCAACAAGUCCACGGGCACCGCAGCCGCAGACAACGCUCGGUGCAUCGAGGACAGCAUGGUGGCUGUGUCCGAGUUCAGAGAUGACGGAGACUUCGUCUGCUCCGAUGAUGGGGAUACGUGUACCGUAGAUUCUGACUGCUGCGUCGGAUUUUGCGGUUCUGCCGGGAUUUGCGCCACCGAACAAUGCGGAGGAGCGGGCGGAGACACGGCUACCAUCGAAGAUAUGGUCUGCGACCCCGAGAACAACGUCGACGAAUGCCAAUACGACGGGGGCGACUGCUGCGAAUGUGACUGCUCGAACCAGGUGUGCGACGAAGACAACACCUGCGUUACCCCGGCGUGGGACUGUGUAGUGGACGAAGCAUUGCCCGACAAUGGCGCUUACACCGUUCCCAGUGGGGAUUGUCCGUCGCUUUCAUUUGAUGAUUUCGACAAUUGUGACUACACCACUCAACCAUGCCUCUGCACCUGUCGAGAGAGCGACCCUGCCACCGCGCUCUGCGGUUCCGGAACAGGCUUCGAUUGCCUCGACCCGGCCUCGGACUGCGUCAAGGAGCCAACAGGGUGCGUGGACGAUGGCGACUGUACCCUUCCCGAGGAAUGCACCCUAGUGAAACUGGUGUGCGAGGUGCCCAUCCUCACGGACCCUACCGCUGGCGGCGACCCCCACAUGACCGGCUUCCACGGCCAGAAGUUCGACUUCACGGGCAACGACGGUCAGUGGUACUGCCUUAUCUCAGACCUGCCGUCCAUGCACCUUAACAUGCGUGUGACGGCGCCCGUCUCUUCCCGGCCGGACAUCACGUACAUCACCGGGCUCUCCCUCAUCACCACCGAUGGAGGUGGCCAAGAACACAGCAUCAUCAUUUCCGUCAAGGAUCCACACAACCUGGAUAGUGACUGCCCGCCCGGAGUGUCCCCCUGCCUUGCGGAUGGCUCGUUGAUCGUGGUGCUCGAUGGAAAUGAGACCCUGUUUGCCCCUGGUGCGGUUGAGCUUGCUCCAGACGUUAAGGUCUCUGCUGUCAACAUUCCCGGUGCCUGCCGAUCGUUCGGGUUCGAGAAGUACUGGGAGCGGAAGAAGCUCGAGUACGCGCAGGCUGGCGGCCGCGGGCUUCUAACAGAGCAAUCGAUGGGUGAAUGGAUACUUGGCGACCCCACCGCGACCAAUGUGGAGGAGUGUACGGAGUAUGUCGCCCGUCACGUGGCGGGAAGCGUGGAUGGUGACUUGUUCGCCCAUCAAUCCGAGCACACGUCUUUCCAGAUCGUCACACCGACCGCGGUUGUCCGCCUAAGCCACGGGAGACGCCACCAGAUCGCGGAGCUCGGGCUACCGGACCAUGUGACUUGGCAGAUGAAUCUGGCUGUCGAUCACAACGACGUGAGCUUGAGUGCGAAGGGGGUCCUCGGAGAGACGUUGAUUCCAACUCGUGCAGCCAGCGGGGAGUACGUCAUGCAUGGCAUGGAGGCCAUUCGCGGGACCGAGGAAGAUUACCACGUUGACGGUCCCUUGGGCCUUGGCUUCAAUUUGAGCUAGAGCACCUGGAACCCGCUUCGACGCCUUCAUCUUCAGGGCGGAAAGUCCCGUGUGCUCCACGGUCAACACGUAGACAACGUGGGGGGGGGCGUGGGCCUUGAUUUGAGUCUGAGGUGAAUUGCCGAGAGCCCACAUGGAGCAUCUACAUGACGAGAGCGUUAUACCUUUCCUGCUGGUGCGCAUCAGCAGCAGGCACGCAGACCAUCACCGUCGUCGUUUGACACCUUGAUUGUUUUCAAGAAGCUCGUUAUGGAUGGAGAGCCCAUUGGCGUGCACACAAGAGCAAGUCAGAUAUUCUUUGCCAAGUGAGUUUCGAUCUCAGACUAUCGCCACCACUGGGUUGGUGGGCGGGAUGUGCGACAUCCACACAGUCCCUACUGAAGGUAUGUAUCACUCCUGGAGUGGCAACAGGCUGUUUUUGCGUUGGGCUUUCCCCCGACCGUCUCAUUCUCGCUGCCGACUAUUUGGGGUUGGUGGUAGGGUUGGUACUCGGCGGGGGUCAGAGAUGGCUUAAGUUGUAGCCGAAGCAGGGAAAGUUUGAUUUUUGGUAAGAAGAGCCCUUACUUUUGUCCUUUGGAUUGGUUCCUCUUGGAUCGAGGCAAUCCUUUCGGUUGCUUCGAGAGUCACGGGUUGUGUGUCCCCAAAGCAAGCGAUUGGGAGUUGGCCAACACGUUCGUUCCUGACGUCGGUGCCGUGCGGGAUUGGAACGCGGUUAUAACUACGAAGACUCGACUAGAAGGCAAUAAAAUGUCAUGUCCUUUGCUUUCUGUAUUGCUUCUCGGGCUUCAUGCUGUAGUUCAUGAUACAUGUACCCCUUUACAAGUAGCUCC